AUGCUGGUGCAGCAGCUGCGCGCCCAGGCCGGUGGUGGCAGGAUCGCUGGUGUCGUUCACGCAGGCUGGCCCAGCCGCCCCACGUUGGCGGCCCCGAUUAACUGGCUGUCACUGCGCACCCUUGCCUCCAGCCAAACGCUCACUUCUGCUUCAGAUGCUGCCAGUGCCAAACCAAACGCCAAGCAUCCCAAGAAUGCCCGGAAAGCCAGCCCGCUCGCCAAACCUUCCUCCUCCCCCACCUUGGGGCCUCAGACUACACUGCCCGUCAACACCAAGCCAGAAACUGCUCUCAUGAAAGCGGCUCACGCUGUCAUCGCCAAACACCCGCAAGACUACACCUUUGUGCCCCUCGGCGGCUGUGGCCAAGUCGGCAUGAAUUGCUCCCUCUUUGGCUACCAAAACAAGUGGCUCAUGAUUGACUACGGCAUGAUGUUUGAUUUUGAAAGCGGUGCCCUGGGCGCCAACGGCUACGUGGCUGACACCACCUUCAUUGAAGAGCGCAAAAAGGAUCUUGUGGCCCUGGUCGUCACUCAUGGCCACGAGGACCACAUUGGUGGCAUUGUGAGCAAGUGGGCGGAUUGGCAAAUCCCCAUCUACUGCACCGCCCUCACCGGUCACAUGCUGCGCCAGCGCUUCGAGAUGACCGAUGUUGACCCCAACCUCGUCGAGGCCAACCUGCACGUCAUCAAACCCAAGGAUCAAGUUGAUGUGGGUCCCUUCUCUUUCCACUUUCAACCCAUCACCCACAGCAUUCCCGAAAGCCAAGCCGUGAUCCUUGACCACCAACCCACGGGCAAGAAACUCUUCUUCACCGGCGAUUGGCGCAUCGACCGGAACCCUGUCAUCGGCCCUCCCUUUGAUGAUGACGCCUUCCGCGCUCUUGGCGAUCAAGGCGUGCUUGCCAUGUUUGGCGAUUCAACCAACGCCUCCAUCGAAGGCCAUUCCAAAGACGAGCUCAGCACCCUCGACGGCCUGCGCGCCACCUUGCGUGACUGCAACCCAAAUGGUCUCACUGUAGCCACGUGCUUCUCUUCUUCCAUUGCCCGUAUUCAGCUCAUGAUGCAGGCCGCCGUCGAAAGUGGUCGCACUCCCGUUCUCAUUGGUGCCUCGCUGAUUCGCAUGGACGAGGCCGCAAGCUUGGCGGGCAGCUCAUUCGACGCACUCCUGCCUCCCUCUUUUGACAAACCCAACCACUACCACAUGUCUCUCACGCACCUGCAAGCUUUUCUUGACGCCCAUCGUCAUCAGUCCACCCCCGCUGCAAACACCGCCAAUUCCACUGAGGAUGAAGAGCAUGACGUUGAUCUGGCCGAGCCUGAGCAGGGUGCCCCCGCCCCGAGUGCGUCAAACUCGGGCGCCCAAGCAUCACCUGCUGCCGCCACCCCCAAGGCCGAUGAGAAUCAGGAUGCUGCUGAUGACGACGACGAGGACGACGAUGACGACGAUGACGACGAUGAGGAUGAUGAAGACCUUCUGGAGCGCGUGAGGGCCGACGCCAAAGUUCGAGCCGAGGCCGAGGAGGCUGAAGCCCUGGAUCAUGCCUCGGCUGCCCUUGGGUUUCUACCUGGUCGCGCCGCCCGCCUUGUUCCCCCGGGCAACAAAAGCGGUGAAGAACCCAGUGCCAUCGCGGCCCACCUGCGACCCUCGGAUCUGUUUAUCAUCGCCACAGGCUGCCAAGGCGAGCCGACCGCCACCUUGCCUCGCAUGGCAGCCGCCAACAUCCUCGGGCCUCAGGAUAAUGUCAUUUUUAGUGCCCGCACCAUCCCAGGCAACGAGGUCACCUGUCGACGCCUCCUGAACUCUUUGCGUCGCGCUGAUGUUCAAGUCUUUCAACCUGGUGCCAAGUAUCCCAUUCAUGUCUCCGGCCAUCCCUAUCGCGGCGAUCUUGAGCAUAUGCUUGGCUUGGUAAAGCCAUUGGCCGUUGUCCCGGUUCACGGCGAGUUUAUUCACCAGGAUGACCACGCGCAGUUGGCUGCAGUCCGAGGCGUGGCGCACACCAUUCUACCUGCCAACGGCGACGUGAUUCGAAUCUCUAGUUCGGGCGAGCUUCAAAAACUCGCCAAUUUUGAAUGUGAACCCCGUGUCGUGGUGGGUGGCACCAGUGUCUUUGCGCCCGAUGCGCACAUGCUUCGCGACCGCGUCCGCAUGAAUGCCGAAGGCACUUUCGUCCUCUCCGUGGCCCGCGCUUCGGGCUCAGCCCGGGUAGCCGUGACCUCUCACGUCGUGGGCGUGAUGGAGAACACCCAUCUGCCCAAGCCCGCGCAACGCACUCUAAACCGCAGUGUGCGCACCAUCAUGCGAUCUACUGAGAAGGAUGUCGUCACAUUGCGCCGUGAGCUCAAACAAUGCGUCACUAGCUUCAUGUACCGGACAUACCGAAAGCGCCCUGUGGUUAUGGUUCACAUUCUGAACGUUGUUUAAGCUCUUUUGAGCAACGCUGUCGUCACGCACAGCCAAAGGGUGCCGACUAUGUCCUUUUAUACCCUGCUUCUGUGGCAGCACCACUUCCCUUUGCAAGUUGAAUGUCCUCUUGUGUGC